AUCGUAGCACUACAAUUAUUAUCUGUAUCAUGAUUGAGUUUAUAGUUCUAUAGAUUUAUAAUUUCGUUGUGUAAAUAAAAGCUGCCCUGUUUAUUUACUAAUAAUUUAUGUUCUAGAUAUAGAAAAUAUGAAAACAGGAAACUAAGAUGGCUUUGAACUCAAAUUGUUCAAAUAAAAAUAACAUUAACUCUACAAAAGUUGUGGGAGAUUUAGGUGAUAUACAAAUAACCGAAAGUAGUGAUUGUGAAGAUGAUCACAAUAAUAAAAUACAAAAAGUUUCACGAAGCAAUAAAUCAACAAUUCCCGCAAAUUUACUUCAAAAUACUGUUCCAGUAUUUGGUACAGUAACAGUUUCAAAUUCAGACAAUGUGCAAAUUGGUAACAACACGUAUUUUAAUGGACCUGUGACAAUAAAACAAGUGAUUCAUAAUAAAUCUGGAGUAGAUAAUGCUGCUUACAGUAGCACGGAAGACGAAAUCGACCCUAAUUCUCACCAUCUCCAUAAUGGAAAGUUUGCUGGUACAUUAAUAAAGAAAGAACAGAUACUACUGUGGCAUAAGAUUACAUUUUCUGCAGUUUGUUUCACAGUAAUAGGAAGUAUUGUUGCAAUUGUAAUUGUAUUACAACAUAAAAGCGAGCAACAAAAGAAAACCAAUCCGCAAACAGACUUUAAAACAUCUGAAUCUCACACCGAUACAACGGUGGUGGGAUAUUGUCAUGAAAAUUUUCAAGUCAUUUUAGUAUUAGUGAUUCUGUUACCAUUAAUGUUGACAAUUUUUUAUUCAUUACUAACAAAAGAUGUUGUCGGUGAUGGAAUGAUUUGCAUUGUGAAGAAGAAUAAAAUUCACAAGAAGUGCCUGAAAAAUUUUUGCAUGCAAUGCAAUAAAAAAGGUGAUCCACUAUUAAUAGCUCCUGAUCAUUUAAGGAUAGUUUCAAGAACAGACUGGUUAGCCCAGCCUGUAGAAAAACCAUUGAAUAAAUUAGAUCAACCGGUGCCAUGGGUUAUUAUUAUGCACACAGCUACCGAAACAUGUUUAACUCAGAGUCAAUGUGUACUUCGCGUACGUCUCAUCCAGUCGUUCCACAUCGAAUCCCGUGGUUGGUACGACAUCGGUUACAACUUCCUCGUCGGCGGCGACGGGUCCAUCUACUACGGCAGAGGUUGGGAUUACGAGGGCGCCCAUACAAAGGGCUACAAUAAGUACAGUAUAGGAAUAGCUUUCAUAGGUACGUUCAACAACGAUCCACCGUCGAAGCAGCAGCUCGAAGCCUGCCAGAAAAUUAUCAAGCGGGGCGUUCAAUUACGAAAACUAGUCAAGGACUAUAAACUUUUUGCGCAUAGACAGUUGAUGUCUACUCUAAGUCCUGGCGACGAAUUGUUUAAUAUUAUUAAGAAAUGGCCGAAUUUCGUAAGCAAUGUUACGGAUUUGGACUCCUUGAUACCCAACUGACAUUGAAGACUGACUUCCCAAAGUUUUAACAUCGAAUGAAAGUUUAUUUUAGUUAGUUUUAGCUUACUGUUAUUUGUUAUUUAGUUAGUGAUAUAUGGACGAUAGUUUAGUUACCGAGUAUACAUAUAUUUGUGUUAUAUGGAUGUAUAGUUUUGAAUGUGAUAUUAAAAAUAU